AUGAAAGAGACCUAUGGUGCAAACCUAUUAGUAUUUCAAGUCUUCUGCGACACUUACAGAAUCUCAGAAGAGAACAGAUGCCCUAUCUCACCUGGUUUACUCUUAACCUUCCUAUCAAGCUGUGCUAGUACAUAUUCAGGCUCUUCAUUGGCCAACUAUGCUACUGGUCUCAAAGUGUGGCACCUGCUACAUGGUCAACCUUGGCUUAUAGAUGCCAAAGAACUGUCUCCCUAUCUUAAAUCAUUAAUCACUUCAAUCCCUGCUCACGCUAUCAUCAAUUGCUUUCAUACACAUUUUCUAAUUUUUAUUUUUAUUUUUUUCAUAGAACACCUUAAAGCCAUUGACAUCCUUUUUUGCCUUAAUCUACUUAGAUUGUUCUGUCUUUACAAAAUAAUAGUAUCCUCAAAGUGCUUUAUUUGCCUGAUUUUAAGUGAACUGCCUUAG